GUUGUCUGCCGACUCUGCUCCCCUCGCUGCCAACAUUCUUCCCUCGGCAAACAAUGCUCGACAACCUCUGAGUUUCAAAUCUUCCGGAGACAGGAGCAUUUCAAUCAAUUUAUUUCGGACCGAGGAGCGCCUGUUGGGCUGUUCUUGGGAGGGAUCAAGCGCGCCUGUGCUUCGAAGAAGGCUAAGGGAGCAGGGUCCGGGGAAUUCAUUCCGACGUUCUUGGAGGGAGGAUCGAAUUCGCAGGAUUUGUGGGAGAGGUCUUUGAGAAGCCGAGGGGAUGUCGGGGUGGGACGAAGGGAAUGUGUUUUACAGUGAUCAGGAUUUGGUGGACCAGAAUGCCGUGGACAAUGGAGUGGCGAAUCGGCUGGUGGUUCAGGGCAAAUUCAAGGAGUUUAUCCGGAGCUACGGGGAGUUGAAUGGUUACUUUCCUUACAGGGCGAGUUUACUACAAAACUCAAGUUUCCUUCCUGUCAACUUGGACGACCUUGACAAUUUUGACAUGGAUAUGGGUGAUUUGAUACGGAAGAAUCCGGCCGAGUAUAUGCCUAUGUUCGAGGCAGCAGCUGCAGACGUUGCCGUAGGCCUCAAAGCGAAAGUUGCAGGUGACAGAGGAGAUAUGGAAGAGCCUACUUCUGGAGAUGUCCAAGUUCUUCUGACUUCCAAACAAAAUCCCAUGUCUAUCCGCGCCCUCACUGCCGACUCCAUAUCGAAACUCGUAAAAAUUACUGGCAUAAUCAUUGCGGCAUCGCGGACUAAGGCCAAGGCCACUUCAGUGACUCUGCUUUGCAAGAAUUGCAAGAGUACCAAGGUUGUGCCUUGUCGACCUGGUCUUGGCGGAGCUAUCAUGCCUCGUACCUGUGAUCAUCCCACUCAGCCAGGUGAGGAGCCUUGCCCCUUGGACCCGUUCGUAGUUGCUCCAGACAAAAGCAAGUAUAUUGAUCAGCAAACCUUGAAGCUGCAGGAGAACCCCGAGGAUGUGCCAACGGGAGAGAUGCCUCGAAAUAUGCUCUUGGCUGUGGAUCGCACACUCGUCCAGAAAAUUGUUCCAGGCACACGAGUCACAGUGUUGGGAAUAUACAGUAUCUACCAGGCUGGGGGCUCUUCAGGACCGCAAAAAGGUGCUGUUGCCGUCAGACAACCUUAUUUGAGAGUUCUAGGACUGGAACAAGCGAUUGAUGGAAAAUCUCGGGGUGCUUUGGACUUCGACGAUGCACAGGAGCAAAAAUUCAAGGAGUUUGCAAGAAGCCCUGAUGUAUACGCGAAGAUAUGCAACAUGAUUGCACCUUCGAUAUUUGGUCACAGUGAUGUCAAAAAGGCUGUCGCGUGUCUUCUCUUCGGCGGAUCUCGAAAGUUCUUACCCGAUGGUGUCCGUCUCAGAGGAGACAUCAAUGUUCUUCUUCUUGGAGACCCAUCUACCGCUAAAUCUCAGUUUCUGAAGUUCGCCGAGAAAACUGCACCAAUUGCCGUUUACACUUCUGGGAAGGGAUCUUCAGCUGCUGGACUUACUGCAUCUGUCAUUCGUGACUCAAGUUCUCGCGAGUUCUACUUGGAAGGCGGUGCAAUGGUUCUUGCCGAUGGAGGAGUUGUUUGUAUUGAUGAGUUUGACAAGAUGCGGCCUGAAGACAGGGUGGCCAUUCAUGAAGCUAUGGAACAGCAGACGAUUUCAAUUGCCAAGGCAGGAAUCACCACAGUAUUGAAUUCUCGGACCGCCGUUCUGGCAGCUGCUAAUCCUCCAUCAGGACGCUAUGAUGAUCUUAAGACGGCCCAAGAGAAUAUUGAGCUGCAAACAACCAUUCUUUCUCGAUUCGAUCUCAUUUUCAUAGUAAAGGACACUCGUGAUCAUACAAGAGAUAUGGAAAUAGCACGACACAUAGUGAACGUGCAUGCGACGGCCACUUCUGUUGCCAAGGAUGCUGACGGAGGAGCCGACAAGGAAAACUGGCUCAGAAGAUACAUAGAGUACGCUAGGCAUUCGUCCAAUCCUCGACUCUCUGAAUCAGCUGCGAAUGCGCUUCAAACCAAAUACGUUCAAAUACGCAAGGACAUGCGCCAACGACAAAACGAUCGAAAUGGAGAGGGAUCUCCCAUACCAAUCACCGUUCGUCAACUCGAGGCAAUUAUACGUAUCAGUGAAUCUAUAGCUAGAAUGCAAUUAUCCCCGGAGGCCUCAGAGGAGCACGUCGCCGAAGCAAUUAGACUAUUUACCGUCUCCACACUCGAUGCCGCCAAGUCUGGAGUGGCGGCUCAUAUCACAGUUACACCCGAGAUGCGAACCGAAAUUCAGCAAGUGGAGGCACAAGUGAAGCGACGCAUGGGCAUUGGUAGUCGCAUGUCGACAAGAAAUCUUAUUGAAGUACUUGGUCGGAUGGGCAUGAGUGAAAAUACGGUAAGGCGAGCCCUAAUAGUAAUGGAGGCAAGAGGAGAAGUUGAGCUCAUGAGGGAGAGACGGGUGAUCCAGCGCAAUGCCUAAUAAGGAACAAAUCAGGGUGUACCGCUUUAGGUUGACUACGCCAGAUUUUUCGGGUUUCAUUUGUGUACACACUUUUGGCUGGUGUACUACAGCCUUGUACAGCAUAGAGGCUGCGCCUCAUCCGACAGCUUCGAGCGGCUAUGUCGGCCAAAGUAGCUUGUAACAUAUUGCCGACAUUGAUCAAUCACAUAAAAUUGAAUGUGUUGGUUGAACCCUCCAUUGCGCCCCUAACCCAAAUAUCUCUUCGAUGCUUUUCUUCGACGACAUCAUAAGCCGAUCGAUCAUGCAAUCGUAAAGAAACCGACUUCUUCUACAUCAGGCCUUCGGAGAUUCCUCGAGAUAUUUGAUAAUAAUUAAUGAACUCAACAGCCAUUGCUUCAAAUUAUAUCGAACACUGUUGUCUAACAGUGGGACCAUGAGGGGAUUUGCGUUACUCCUGUAUGCCAGAAAAUUUGCUAGAAUUUGUCUUCACCCAGUAACAUCGACAUUUCUCAGUUGUGAAUGGUGCUUUGAUAUAUAUUCAUACGAUGGACUUUUAAUUGGACAAAUUGUCACACUUGCUUAAAACUGAUGUAUAAGCGAACACUUAUACUGACGAUGUACAUUGGUGUACUGAAGGAGAAGUGGACUGUUCACAACCUCAAUAAAUAUUUUCAACAUU